AUGACUAUCAGCAAGAAUAACAAGAUGAUGCAACAUCUAAACUUUCGGAUGCGGAUUAUUCUUCAAGACGGAAGAACAUUUGUUGGAUAUUUUCGAGCUUUCGACAAGCACAUGAACAUCCUUCUCACCGAUUGCGAAGAGUUCCGUCAAAUCAAGCCGAAGGCAGGCAAGAAAACCGAUGGAGAGGAAAAACGUAUGCUUGGCCUGGUGCUUUUACGCGGAGAGCACAUUGUGACUAUGACCGUCGAUGGACCUCCUCCAAGAGAUGAAGAAGGACCCCGUUUGCCAAAAGCUGGAGGAUCCGGAGGACCUGGACAAGCAAAACCAGCGGGACGUGGAAUGCCUAUGAUGCCUCCGAUGGCCGGAGGACCAGCUGCAGCUGCCGGACUUCAAGGUGCUGUGAGAGGAGUGGGAGGACCGAGCAUGGGAAUGAUGCAGCCCGGAUAUGGAGGACCUGGCGCCGGACGUGGAGGCUAU